CCGGGGGCUCGCUGCGUAAUAAAUUGGAGUAGGAUCAUCUUCUUGUUUACGUAUGACAUUUGUGUUUGGACAAAGAAGAGCAGGGGAAAGAAAGAGCUGCGGUUGGGCAUGAGUGAUUUCGUAUUGCGGAUUUACAUAUUCGAAAAAGAAGGUUGACGAGGUUGCCGCGGAACUUGUCCAUGCAGAUCGAUGAUAUCCAGGAAAAUCACAUGGGGCAGGAUGCAAGAUGAGACAGCCGCAUCCAUUCCCAUUUUUGCAUGAUCUAGACUUUCUGGCUUUCCUCCGAGGUCCACAGUCAAAUUCAAACCCAUUUCCGCCAUGGCAGAUUGCAUUUGCUCUCCCCUGUUCUUCUUUUUGCCAGAUUCACUCGCACCUCCUUCAAGCGAUUUAAUUUUUACAGCAUUCAUGGGGCUGGAACUACAUUGUUGAAAUAACCUGUUAUUAGCUGUUGUAAAUAAACGGAGCAGACGUAGCAGGUGCAGGAACGCGGAAGAGGUCGUGCGCGGCUACGUUCCUUCGAAUGUAGUUGAGUUGCGGCACUGCAAAAAGCAGCUUUACAUAUUGACGGUUUCAAAGGCAUUAUUUUUUCGAUUUAUUUCUUCAACACGGGCUUAAGAGGAACUCGGGCUUCAGCUUCUGUGCAUACAAUAUGCAGCAUUUGCACUUGGCCACUUUGUCAGGCGACCAGUAGAGUAUAGAUGUGUCGGCGUAUUUUUAUGCGGCUACCGCCUCUGUUGGCUCAAGACAAAGGCUAGGAACAAGGAACCUUCGAGUUUGGGUUUACUUGAUCUUGGAGUAUGAAAGCGAUAAUUGAAUACGAAGCCAAUGAGAAUCAAACUGAGCCUGUUGCAAGAGGAUUCAUGGCAAGGACGACGAGUCACAGCAGCAUGAUAGGCACGGUCUCGCCUUGCUUUGGGAACAGGAGUCGUUUGGCACUGGCGGUACCCAAUCCGUUACCCUUGCGAACUUGUUCCCAGGCUGGGGCUGGUGGUUCGGUGUCUCCUUCGUUCGCCCUCUGUUCCCAUCGUGGGGCGGGUUUCCUUUUCUCUCGUGACAGGGGUAGGAGUCACGCCUGGCGCGUGCAAAGUCGUCGCUUUUGGUUGCUCGCGUCUGGCUCUGAGUUUUGGAUUUUCCUACGAGGGGUUUCGGGUUCCUAGCGAGGUUAGCCUGGGUCGCUUUGGGUCGACAGCAGUAUUUUUCAGACGCUACUCGGACUUCUUUCCUUGCCUUCCGGAAUGAAUUUUUGCAGCCUCGCGCACGGUCGGCCCUUCGCCGUAAAAGUAGUACUGACGUCGAUGGUCGUCAGCGGCAGUGAGUUUUUCAGCAGCGACGUUCUGCUUGGUGGUGUUCGGAUUGAGUUUGCCGUGCCUGCAGUGGCUGGGAUUGUUUUGGAUCGCUUGCUAUUUUCCCACCCAGACAGAGGUUGGGGGCACGUUGGAGGUGCGAGGCUAUUUUUAGGUUUGGUUAACCGGGCGGGAAGUUGGGUUUUUGCCUAGAGCGCAUGCUCCUUUGAGUAUGGCCUCGGUACCCCGGGAACGGGUAUCAGUUUUUUCCCCAGGUGGGGGCUCGGGUUUUUGUGUCAUUGGUUACACCGACGCGGACGUAGUCCGCAGGUCUCGCUGGAUAGUUUGCUUUGUGAUGGAUUCACAUCGUUUUCCCCCCCUCCCACCCAAGUGGCCGCUCACGUCGUGCCGGUUCGUCCGGACAGACGUGUUAGUGGUGGAGUGGGCCGCUCCCCGCUAUGGAAGCUAGGCGCGGCCUGCUUGACCCAGCCCCAGGUGGAGUGGGCCGCUCCCCGCUAUGGAAGCUAGGCGCGGCCUGCUUGACCCAGCCCGAGAAUCAAACUGAGCCUGUUCUUGCAAGAGGAUUCAUGGCAAGGAUGACGAAUCACAGCAUGAUAGGCUAUCGAGCAAAAAUCUGUUAUCGUUAUCGAAUUAAGAAUUUGAAACGAAAGCGAUAAUUUUUUUAAAGUUAGGUAGUGAGGUAGCUAUCUUCGGUAGUGAUUAUUUUGAUUUCGUUGUGUGCAUUUGGAUUUGGUCACUCUCCUGGGGCAGCAGACGGCAGACUUGACGCGGCGGAUCUCGAGGUGGUGUUGUUCCAGGUUCGGUGUCGCGCAGUCAUCCCAGGCCAGACUCCACGUCCGAUCUGGAUACUGUCUUGCCAACUGCGCCAACAAAACAGUGUGGCUGCGAGUGCUUGGAAGCAUGUCCGGAAGCCGAAACCGAUAACAGACACGUAGCACGGCGGCACGCGGACUAUAAAAGUGACCAAAAAGAGUGCUUGUUAUCGGUUUGCUCGGAGGCUUCGGAACAAUGGCCGUUUUUGCUGGCCAAGUUGGCCAGAUUUCGGAGGCCCUGGCCGAAACCGAUAACAACGACGCUUUUUGGUCACUUUUAUAGUCCGCGCGCCAUCCUAUUUCCCGUAAUUUCUCAGGUCAGAGCCCGGUGACGAUGGUGGCCACGAGAUGGUGGGCAGAUUUCAUCAUCAACGACUGGGCGGUAACCAGAGCACCCAAAAAGAGCCUCAUUUCUGGGCAUCUACCUGCGUGAUGCAGUGGGCACGGCAGCACUUCUACCAUGUCAAAAACGUGACGCGGCGGUGACGCAGGUCCGCACUACAAAUUGAUCUUUAUGAGCCCAAAACAAGCUUUCAACUUGCACUGCCGGAAGCUGAGCAAAUCGCAUCCACCUGGGAGGGUUGGCGCGCAGCUCGAAACGGUCCGGCAGAAUGGGCUCGACAUGAUCCAGGCUUCGGUGCGGCGCUUGGCCAAAUGCACUCCUGCUCGUUGAAAGCGAGUUGCUUUGAAGUGCCCUUCUAUUGGAAGCGAAUUACUUGCAAUGCCUUGGCAUAGAAAGCAUUUUGUUUGUUGUGCUAGUAAAUUGCAAGCAAUUCGUGUUCAGCGCCAGGUCGUUAAAAGCAACGCGCCUUCAAUAUAAGGGGUCGCCCAGCAGCUGCCACACUCUAGCCUUUCGGAAAUGCGUUCCCAAGGUUUGCCGGAAAUCCUGGGAGCACAUUUCGGCAAGGUCCCCAGCCCCACGUCGGAUUUGUGCUCUGGCCGGCGACAGGUCUGAAGACCUCGCGCAAAAUCAUCCGACGUCGGGGAGAUAAAGAAGUGCGCCCCUAGGAUUUUCGCCGCGUCGAGACCUGGGAUCAUAGUUCUGCAAAGCCCCCGCCUAAGAUGAUGUUGUGCGGGUUUUUCUGUGUUUCAAGGUCAGAACACAAACUCGGAUAGCACUCUCGUGCUCUGGCCUGCAGAAGUGUGCUCCUAAGAUUUGUUGAUAUCGAACUCAAAUCCGAGAAUUCCUCAGAUGCGAGCUCACAUCCGAGAACUCCUCACAUGUGAGCGCGCAUCCAAGAGUUAGAAGGUCAGAAGAACUGCGCAGCAUAAUCUUACGCGACAGACUUACAGCAGUGCGCUCUUUGGAUUUGUGUGUUGCGCCUCCAAUUGCCUCACUUGGAGUCGCGGUUCAAACUUUCACACGCAGAGCGCGGCGAUUCGCAAGUUUAGCCGAACCGGCGUAGCGAUUUCGUUUCUGGUUUUCUGACAUUGUGUGCCCAUCACAGGACUCCUGUGAUAGGCACGCAACACUUGGGGGGGUGCCAGAAAUAAAGCUGCCGUGCCACUUCGGCUGUACUUGCGAACUUUGUUGCCUUGCGCGUGACAGUUCGAUCCGCGUGUCCAAGCGAGGUGUAUGUAGACGCAACACGCAAACCCUGGGAGCUAAUUUCUGUGAGUCACCUGAAUAAAAUUGGUGCUCAGAGAGAGCGGUUUUGCUGGCCAGGGCACAAAUCUUACGGAGGCAGCCUACAGAAAUUAGGUCUCAGGACCCCACAUCCGAGAACUUCUCGGAUGGGGCUUCACAUCCGAGGAAUUCCCGGACGUAGACUCACAUCUAAGAACUCCUCGUGUGUCCGCUCACAUUCGAGAACUUCUCGGAUGUGCGCUGCCACCCCAGGAGGUAGUAUUUGAUGUGGCGAAAAUCCUUGGGAACAAAUUGCUGCAAGUCACCUGCGUAAGAUUUGUGGUCCGAUCGGCAAUACCUAUUGGAGCACAAAACCUACGCAGGUGAGUUACAGAUAUUAGCUCUCAGGAUUUCCGCCGCAUCACGAAAUUCUUGACGCAGCGAAGAUCCUGGAAAUAAUUUCUGAAAGCUACCUGCGUAAGAUUUGUCUUCUCACCGGUAAUACCGAUCUGGGCACAAAUCUUAUGCAGGUGACUUACAGAAAUUAGUUCCCAGGAUUUGCGUGCUGCGUCUCCAAUCGCCUCACUUGGACACGAGGAUCAUCAGUGUGUCCAAGUGUGGCGACUGGAGACGCAACACGCAAGUCCCAGGAGUGCAUUUUUUUGAGGCACGAAAGCUGAAGCUGUAGGCGCGCGAGUUCUGAUGUGCUCUUACGGAAGAAAGCUCGCGCAGCUGCCAGAGAACUUUCACACACAAAGUGCCGAACUUUGGCGCUUUGCUCGUGGAAGUUCGAUCCGCGUGUCCAAAUGAGGGGAUGUAGAAAAAACUCGGAAAUCCUGGGAGCUGAUUUCUGUAAGUCGCGUGCGUAGGACGUGUAGUCAGACCGGGACUAUCGGUCGAAACGCAGAUCCUGCGCACCUGCUUCAAAAUUUUUGAAAACCGAAGCUUUUAGGAACUGCUCCGGGAACUAAUUUCUGAAAGCUCUAAUGCUGCAAGAGGAUUCAUGGCAAGGAUGAUGAAUCACAGCAUGCCAUCACAGGGGACCGUCGAAGGAUGACGAAUGCACGUCGGUCCCACGACAUCGGACUUCACAAUUAGGAAACAUAGACCCGAGGAGGACAGGCAAGCUUUGAUGUUUCUUGAGGCGCGUUUCUCUCAUCCUACGCUUUUAGCUCCUGCCAUGGAAGGAUAAAGCGAAUUAGCACAACUAAACAGACGAGGCAUUGGGUAAGGAAAUAUCACGACGCAGCCGUCGCUGCGUCGCCGCGCCGUGCCUAGUACUUAGUUACAGCUAUGCCGCUUGAGAUUCAUUUUUGCGGGUUUAUGCAGUGCGUGGCCUCGAGUGCACAUCUUCACUUUAUUCUAUAUCAUUACACACAGUUUCUUCAGGUGGAGUAGAGCAAUAUACCCUCCACGAGGCCCGUACAAAUUUUUCACCAUUACCAUUUACCAAUGAUAGUGAUACCAGCAGCCUGAUUUUUUCCGUAUUUUGCAGUAAAAUUAGCAGCCCUUGACCUCGAGAAGAACUCCACACCAAAAGUCCUUCAACAUUUAUCCCGGCACCGUCAGCACAGUUGUGCGCCACCACGGCAUUCUUUCUUUACAUCUUCUCACGAUGCAUUAUUUUCAUUCUUCAUCUUCAUCAUGACGAGUGCUCCCUGAAGGUCAGUCUGUCGUGUCACAGCGAACUUCUUCUAGGGCCGUCAGAAAACUGACUUGAAUGAGGCAGGGAUAAUAUUACCGGAAGUGAAGCCCAAGCCGAUGGCCCUGUUGUAGAAAUUGUUUUCCUCAACCACAACUCAAAUACUUUAUCAUAAGUACCGAGCUUCUACUGCAACUUGUGUGCCGCCAUCCACAUCCACGGAGCUUGCUGCUUUUAUCAGACAAGGGGCUGAGAAAGCGUUCGGGCGAGGCCUGUAGUAGUUUCGGAAAAACAGAUAAGAACACCAAUUACAAAAGUACCUUCAUGAAGAAGAUUCCCACGUAUGAGGGCAGAAGUGCCGACCGUCCUCUUGUGGCGGCUAGGUAGGGUCGUGACUAAGACAGGUCGUGCAGACCGCAACGACGGGCAGGACCAUAUGGCGUUCUCAAACGUUACUUUUUCAACUGUUUCAUGAAUUUGUGACGCAAGAAGCGCCAAAGUGAAAUGGGCGACCUUGAUGCGCGUCUUGCAUGACAGAAAAUUGGGGCGGAUUUUAAUGCUAUUGAGCGCGUCGGGAACUUGUCAUGCGAAGAAGCCUGACCGUGUGCAGUGUGAUGCCAGAUAGUGACUUCACAUGACAAGUCAUGUUGAGGAUGUAACGUUUGAGAGCGCCAUAGACCACGAGGAGCACUCCGAGCACCACGAUGAACAGGUAGUUGCAAAUAAAGGGGGCGUGGCUAAUUCACUUGCAGCGAUCAAGAGGGACCAAGAAGAACAUCAUUUACACAAAAUGUAAAAGCAAAGUUCAUGAUGGCAAGAACAUGUUGGCAGCUACACCUCCCACGACCACGGCCAUCGUAGCUAGUAGACGACUUGAAGGAAACUUUUUUAAAGAAACGAGGUUUUUAUGGCAUUUUGAAAUACUCAAACCGAAAUCGAAAUCAAUAUUUUUAGCAUGAGGAAUUCGAAGUAAUUAUAGAUACGGAGAUGCAAGGGCUGUGUAAAAACUGGCUGAACUGAACAUAAAAGCAUGUGAUUGUGCCACGUUGGCGUGGAGGUUCGAAAUUGAGCUUCAAGCUAUACGGCGGAUGUCACACGAGAAAUCAACAAAUCUGAGCUCUUCUUUGUCACAUGGCGCGCUUUUGCAGCUUUUGACUGAACAAGAACCCAAUCAUGCUUGAUUAUUUUCCCGGAGGUGGAUGUAGUGGAAAUAUA